AUGGAGAGAUUCGUCCUCACAGCCAUCUGCUCGCUGCUCGCACCUUGGACCGGGUCCGCGGCAUGGGGGCCAAUCUCGAUCACCACUCCGUUGGGUCUCACCGAGGUUCGCCAGGACUCCAACGACACCCUCCACCCGGGUUCUGGGUCCCUCGUACCCACCUUUGGAUCCAGCAGUCUGGGGUUCGAGCCGAGCCCGUACCCGCUGUACAUGCUGCAUCUGUACCAGACGUCAGUGUCCUCGGGCUUCAGCUGGACACCGUUGGACAGCAAGCCCGACAGCGUGAUCCUGCGGGGGUCCGACUCCGUCCUCAGCCUCGUGGCCAAGAGUUGCUAUCAGGUUGGUGACAACUGGACCGUUACUUUUGACAUGUCCUCCAUUUCUGCCAGUGACAAUAUUCAGCUGUCGGAGUUGCGUUUCCGUCUGCCCACCUUCAGCACCUCCAGUCAUGUCACUGUGAAUAUCUACCACUCACGCAUGCAGACCUGUGCCCUAGGUGCCCAGCUAUGCCCUGAGGAGCACCUACACCUGGGCAGCUUUGACACUGCACCCAACAGCACCUCUUCCGUUUGGAAGGUGUUCAACAUAACAACUCUACUCAAGCACUGGCUGAAUAAGAGCAAGGCCGAACCCAUGCACGUGGAAGCCAUUGAGGACUAUGAGCAGAUGAUAAACGAAGAGGAUGAGGUUGUGGUUAAUGUGGAGGAGGCUCCUUACCACAGGGUCCAGCACCCCACAAUUGAGCGAGUCAUGUUGGUGGUGUUCUACAAGCAUAUCCAGGAGCAGGAUGGCCAGCGCAUACCAACCCUAAUUCGCACCGCAGAGCACUCGAAGUAUGUCCGCAUGAAUCGGCAGAACUCGCAAGACCAUCGGCAGAAGCGGGACUUGAUAGACAGUGAAAAAAUGCGGACAUUGGGCAGCAUGCUGGUGACCUGGCCCCCUGCAGAGACCAUCCAACGGCCACGAUGUCGCAGGGUGGAUAUGUGGGUAGACUUUGAAGAAAUUGGUUGGAAAGAGUGGAUUGUGUACCCCAAGCGGUACAAUGCAUUCCGUUGUGAGGGGGAGUGUUCCAGCCCCCUGGACGAGUCUUUCAAGCCCACCAAUCAUGCUUACAUGCAGAGUAUGCUGAGGCUGUACCAUCCAGACCGCGUGCCUUGUCCGUCCUGUGUGCCCACUCGCCUCAGCUCCCUCUCCAUGCUGUACUACGAGAGCGGAAACGUGGUUCUGCGCCACCAUGAAGACAUGAUUGUGGAGGAGUGUGGCUGCCACUGA